CUGAUGAGUCUGUUGUGGCUCUUUGCUGCAGGAGCAAAAUUUGUGGCUCUUUAUUUUCUAACUGGUUGCCCUCACCUGGUUAUUUGUAAACAGUGAACUUUGUGUACGUGAGCGAGUGCGUGUUUGUGUACGCGCGUGCGCGUGUGUGCGUCAUACGACUCUUUGUACCUAUAAAUAGUUGAUGCAGCUAAAAUGGAUGCCCUUCCUUAUUUGGCACUUAUUGGUAAAUUUUGUCGGGUGACCACCAAUCCGGGAAACGCUCUCGAAUCCUUUGGUCGCCUGAGCAAAAUUACGACCACAUAAAUUGACAUGCAGACUUCGUCUACAGUAUUAGCAUCUUUCGGACUUAUCCUCUUCAGACCCCCAAUAAGAAGACAAGAUGGCUGCGUUCGUUCCAGCUGCUGGGAACACUUUCGAGCUCACUUCUGGAACAAUGACCUUUUGUUUAUGGUGUGAGCAGAGAAAAGAUCCAGCAAAAGUACGAGAGGUUGUCACUGAUCGCGAAAGGAGGCAAUGGAGAAGUCUAUAGUGGGAUCAGAAAGACGGAUGGCUUGAUGGUCGCCAUCAAAAUCAUCCCAAAGAGAACGGUGCGGACGUGUUAUUUUUUAGAUGGCAACUAUCUUGAGGUCCCCUUUGAGGUGAUACUCAUGCAAAAAAUCGGACAAAGAAAAGGCAUUAUUUCUCUUUAUGACUGGUACAAUCUGGACCAAGAGAUUGUACUGGUGCUGGAGAGACCAGUGGCCUGCAUGGAGCUCUUUGCAUUCAUCCUGGAAAAUGGCCAAAUGGACGAAGCACAAGCUAAGAACAUCUUUAAGCAGCUUGUUGAUGCAGCAGUCACGAUGAACGCUGCAAAUGUCUUCCAUCGUGACAUCAAAAUGGAAAACGUCCUCAUUGACACCACGUCCGAGGUCCCUCGAGUCUGGAUCAUCGAUCUCGGAAACGGCUGCUUUGGGACCGCCUUGCCGCACAAGAACUUCAUUGGAACCUCUGGAUUUGCUCCUCCAGAGGUUGCUGCGUGUGGGGAGUACAAGGCCACCCCCACCACAGUUUGGCAGCUCGGGAUUCUGCUCUAUGAAAUCCUCCAUUGUGCUCGUUUUGAAUCGGAGGAUUUCUUCCUGGAGAGAGAAAUUGACUCAAGGCUCUCUCAUACCUGUCAAGAUCUCCUGAGCGCAUGCCUGACAAGAGACCCCGACGCCCGUGCCACUCUGUCGCAGCUUCAGCAGCACCCGUGGUUCCACUGAGGCUGCACGGAAGACCUCAGAUCAUCCUAUUUUAUUCAUGAAAUUCAUCAAAUGUAUAUAUUCCUGUAUAAAGAUUUUAAACCGUGACUACAUGCUUCAGUUACUUGACACCAUUUUUAUACCAUAAUGUUCCAUCUGACUUUAGGGUUUUGUUACAUUUAGACUUCAUAUAAAAGUGUGAACUGAGAACUGUUGAAGAAUGUGCAUUGUAAAUAUUGUGUGUUACAUAUGGUAUGUCAGACAAAACCACAAAUAAAGUAAUGUUUUUACAUUUA